AUGAAACGCCAACGCAAAAUCGAACGCACCUUCAAAGUUAUGCCGUUGUUCUGUAGAUGCGUGCCGUCUGUACAAACAAGCUGGGAUAUUGUAGUAUUUUCAGUAGAUAAUACUUGUUACCAUGUGCCAUCGUCUUGGGCUAUAGAUGAUAAUAAAACAAAGUAUCUUUGGCCGAAGAAUGUUAAGAAUAGCAAAUUAGAGAAGAUGAUAAAUAACUGUGUGCCGGGCAAUAGUUUAUCAUGCUCUGAUGAGCUAGAGGCAAAAUGUCUGAGGACUACUUCUUCAUUAAAAAAAGCGAAGAAGUAUGUAAAGAAGGCUGAAAUUAAUUCAGCCAUAGAAUCAGAUAUGCCUCCAACCCAUGACACAGAAAUCGAGAAAGUUUCCAACAAAGAUAAGGCUGACAAGUCAUUGGAGCAACUAUGCAACAUAUCUAUGAUGUUCGAAAAUUUAGUGCUUGAUCUGCAAGAAAUCAAGAAGAAUCAGGCAGAAAUUUUUGAAUUUACAGCUUCUCACAGAGAAGCAAAAAAUCAUAUUGUCCUGCCUAAUGUUAGAACAUUUGUGUUUCCUUUGGAAAGUACAGAUGAUAUAAUAAAGAUGGAAACAAACUUAACAGAGGAGGGUUUUGCUUCUGAUUUGGUAGUUCAUUUGUCUAUGGUUGGCCAGACUACUUUAAAUGGAACAAUAACAGCUGUGAUGAAAAAAGUUUUUUCAAGAACUCUGGCGAUGCAAUAUUCAGCCAGAGGACGAAAAAACAAGCUAAACUUCUCGGCGUUAAAAUUAUGUGAUGUUGUUGUCAAGGCCAUAACAGUUAAUUUUCCCAAAGAGACACAACUUGAUAUUAUGAAACGCAUAAGUGUCGUUUUAGCACAGUCUGGAGACUGGAACGGAGGGAAGAAGCAAAGAAAUAUAAAAUAUCCUACUGAAUUAGAUUAUAUUCAGCUAAUACAGAAUGAGGAUAUAAUCUUUUCAAUGAAUCCUGAUUUAUUAACUGAAGAUCAAUAACAAGAAAACAAGAGUUCAUUAUUAUAUAAUGUAUUUUGAAUAAUUAAUCAAUUA